GGUAUGAAAAAGCGAAAAAAAUAAAACCAUCGACGGAAACCAAACCAAAGAAGUAAUAGAUCAAAAAUAUUUGAUAAAAUAAAGGUCUAAUAGUACAUAGAAAUCAUUAGCGAAAAAAAACGAAAAUCCAGCCGAAAACCUUAAUAAAAAUUUCAUAAAAAGCAAAUCCGUUGAAAAACGUAAUUUUGUGAAAAUUUAAGCAAAAAUUGCGUGCUGUAAAAAAAUAUUUAGCCAAAAUGACAAGAUUUCGAAAAUUUCCCAACGUCGUGCCAGACCUUGGUGAAUUUUUGCAACACCCACAAAGGGUACGGCAUUAAAUUUAUGGCUUUCAUAAUCACUGCUAAUUCAUUUCAAAUUGUAAAAAAUAUUUACAACGGCAAAUUGUUUUACAAUUGCAAUUCCUGUUUUGUGUUAAAACCAAAAUCGGCAGCAAAAAGCCAAGCAUUAAAAAAAUACAUAUUAAGGCGAAAUAACAGCCACAAUAAUAAAAGUUAAUAUCGUACCAUUACAAAUUCACCCAAAUUCUUACAAACAAAACGAGUUGAACGGAAACCAACUCAGAGUGCGAAGAGAAAAAUUACCGAAAAACCCAACGGUCGGUCAGGGACAAGUAACGUUAACCACGGAAUUAGCUGUGAUUCCGCUACAUUGGCCACCGAAUGGAUAAUGGGUAUUUGCUUAGACACAGAUGCCAGUGCAGCACAGGACACCGGCGAACAAGGCAACGAAUGGAAUCGUACACAGAAUCAGAACAGUGCCAACGCUGGACGUAUUGCCGGAUCGGCGAACAUAAACGCUACAGAUAUGCAAAAUGUUGGAAAAAUAAAAUUCGAUCCGCCCAAAGUGCCAGUGAUAUUUGUUUUAGGCGGCCCAGGUAGUGGCAAAGUCACCCACUGCGACACCUUUAUGCAAGAGCGCCGUGGGGUAAUACACAUAAAUAUGAUGGAUCUAUUGCAACAAUAUGCCAUGGGAAACGAUAUGCAAGACUUUUCACAAUUAUCUUCAAAAACCGUUACCGAAGUUUUAAUGUUAGAAAUGAAAAUGGCUCCAGCUGCCAAAGCCUAUCUUAUCUCAGGAUAUCCACGCUCCAUGAGGGAUGUCGUGGAAUAUUCCGAGAAGAUACAAGUAGUAAAUGGUGUUAUACUGAUAUCCUGGCGUCAGUCGGUAUUACAAAAACAAAUCGAUUAUGGCGCCAAGUUGGGUCAUGUCGUACUCUCCUUAGCCAAAAUGGAAUUAGAAAAUUUCUUCAAAAAUGUUAUGCCAGUUGCCGAUUAUUUUGAUCAAAGUGAUAUGCUAAUAGCGGUUAAUGGUGAACGUGCUCCCUCAGAAGUGUACAAAGAUUUCCGCUCGGCUGUGCUUGACAUAUUAAGCUCAUUGGAAAAUCAGGAGGCCAUUCUCAAUGGAGUUACAGGUAUGGGCAGAGGGAUAAAUGAUAUACCCGGCAGUAUAGUUAGCGUAGACACGGCACCUAGUCAAGCAGCACAGAAUAUUCAAGGAAAUCAUAAUUAUAACGCUGGUCAAAUUUCAACAGUGCCAUCGAUGGAUGAACGGAAUAUAACAAAUGCCGUUAUAUCACACAUAGCCUCUAAUGCUGCCCAAGCGGUGGGUUCGGCGAAUGCGGCUGGAGCCAUUACCAGGCAGCCAUUAUUAACAAAUGCUGCCACCUCAAUGAGCACCAAUAUGAAUGGCAUACCUCCGGUUAUAUGGGUCAUAGGUGGUCCAGGUAGUAAUAAGGCCACCUUAUGUAUGAAAGCGGUGGGUUUGAAUCCAGGUUGGGCUCAUUUUAGUGUGGGUCGUCUUUUACGCAGUAUCACCGAUGCAGCGCCACGUGCCAAUACAGAAAGUUAUGCAGUUAAAGAAGCUUUGGCAGCUGGUGAAAUGGCACCAGAGAAAGCUAUAAAUACCAUAUUGGAAACUAAUUUAAGGCAAAAUUCCGAUAAACUGGGCAUAAUACUCGAUGGUUAUCCGAGGAAUAUGCAACAAGUUAAAUAUUUUGAGGAAAAGUACAAACAGCGACCUCCCAUAAUACUGUUGGAUUGUUCAAAACUUCAGCUGGGUCGAGGACGUAUUGAUGAUACCGUUUCUUCAUUUCGGCGACGGCUUGAACUAUUUCGGGAGCAAACUUUGCCCAUGCUUAAAGCUAUGGACAAUAGUAACCGUUUGCAAAUUAUUGAUGGUGAUACCGACAGUCCGUCUGUUCAGCGGGAAUUCGAAAAGUCCAUACGUAACCACAUACAAAAUUUUACAGGUGCUUUUGCCAAUAACAUCCACCAAAGUCAACAAACGGGUAUUGCGGUAUCAGCUACCCGCAUGGACCACCAAACCGACGCCAUCCUACAGGAUCUUGAAAAUAAUGUGCCUGGUGCAGUGCCAACUAUAAGCCAUCAUGUAAGUCUCAUGAAUGGCCACUUGAAGAACCGCAAUCUAAGCGGCAAUCAAUUAGCGAAUAAUACCAAAGUCCCUUCGACAUAUAUGAAUGGUAACAUCGGCCAAACGGGCCAGCAUAUGGAAUUCCGCCACAUGUUGGAGGAAGCCGAACGAUAUCCAGUCGAUUCGUAUAUGUAAGAGUCAACCGGCCAAGGAGCAAAAGAUGCGGAGCUGGGUCUCCUCAAUAGCAUCUACCAGCCGGUAGAGCAUCCUUAGCAAGAUGCUUAAAAAUUAGUCAUUUAAGUUGCAUCAGGUUAAGGACAAUUUUAAAUUGAUUCAACACUAAUUUGUAAUUGUUCCAUGAAAUAUUUUGCAUGUGACAUGGACCAAAUUAUGUUUUCAAACUGAAAACAAAACAAAAUCUAUUUAAAUUUUAAGAACUCGUCAAUGGUUUUGAGCUUUACAACAGAAUACCAAAAAAAAAAACAAAACGAAAAUACAAAUCUUUAUUUAGAGACAUUUUUUCGAACUAGGUUUUAGUAGUGUAAGAACAACAUCCAAAAAACGUUAGUGGUAUGAAACUGAAUUCAAACUUUCAUACAUUUACAACAUUUUAGAACAUCACAUACACCUUUAAUUUGAUAUAUUUUUUAACUAUUUUAUUAUUUAUUAUCUGUUUAAUGAUAAGCGCUGAGUUUGCAAUUGAAUUGCUUUAGUCAUAUAUAAGACCAAUUUUGAAAUUGAAACUCUCAAAGGUUUUGCUGGGUUAUUGAUUUAGUUGGUAUUAUACUUAGCAUACCUUUAGGAUAGUGUCUAAGUUGU